UUUGAUUCCACAGCCAAUCAGAGAGUUAUCUCACCAUGUGGGUCUGGCCUGACGAAGGAGGUGGACUACAGUAUAUAUUGACCUGCGAUUGGGGCAAAGAAACAGAACAAGCCAUCAAAAGCUAAGAAGAGCAGUCAAGAAAGCAACUUGUCUACAGGGAGACACCAACUAACAAGGCAUCAUGAAGACUCUGACUCUACUCGCCGUCUGUGCUCUUCUGUCAGUGUGCUGGUCCAUGGGAGCUAUUGAACCAGAAGUUGUCGUGGACCCUGCUGCCGACACAGCUGCUGACGUUGCACCUGCCGACCCCGCAGCUGCAGAUUCAUCCCCCUCAUCCUCUGCUUCGGACUCUUCCUCCUCCUCUGAGUCAGAUUCAGCCUCAUCCUCUGAAUCUGACUCCAACUCUUCCUCAGACUCUUCAGCAUCUGAUUCCAACUCCAACUCUGAUUCGUCAUCCUCCUCCUCCUCCUCCUCUUCCUCUUCCUCUGAAUCUACUGAAUCUUCUGAAUCUUCAGAAUCUUCAGAAUCUUCAGAAUCUUCUGAGUCUUCUGAGUCUUCUCAGUCUUCUUCCUCUGAGUCCAAGUCUUCUGAGUCCAACUCUUCCUCUGACUCUUCUGCCUCUGAUUCUUCCUCUUCUUCUUCAUCUUCCUCAUCUUCAUCAGAGUCAGCAAGCACUGAGGCGACUCAGGUGGUUAUGAAACGCGACCUGGCUGCUGUUCUCCUGAGGAGAAGAAGAGCUGCCCCAGGAGGAGACCUCACCCCUCUGCAGCUGGAGAGCCUGAGAGAGGUAUGUGAGGUGAAUAUUGCCUGUGACGAGAUGGCUGACACCGCAGGCAUCGUCGCUGCGUACACCGCCUACUAUGGACCCCCUCCUUUCUAAGUUAAAGACUCCUCUUUCAUCCACAUGGGAACUAUUUUCUAUGUCAUUUUCUAAUAGAGCGGCACAGCAACUCCCCUGAAUCCAUCUGAAGGUGCAGAUAAAAAAUAACAAGAAAAAAAACAGAAUUGGCCCAUGUUAAGAUGCUAGAUGGAGAUUUUUUUAGGCACAAAUCCUUGCACAAGUGACCAGCUUUAGUGGUCCGAUAUGAAAAGGCCUUCUCCAGGCUUUCAGAGAGAGGCACAUGGAAACACAAACCUGUGAAGUGUGUAGUAGCCAACGUAAGAUUAAAUUAUUCUUAAGUCGAUAGUAUAGUACAAUGAAUGGUGCUGAAAAUGCAAAUGUAUUGUAUGUUAAUGUAUUAAUGUUUUUAUAUCAUGCCUUAGUCUUACUUUAGCUAGUAGUUCUAGUAAGUAGUGGAUGGAGUAGUGAGUUCUUAGAAGUACUGUAGUUUUCGUAGUAGUGUAUUGAUAGUGGUGACAUCUGUAAUGACUGUAACCACAAAUUGCCUCUGGGUUUGAAAAUAAUAAAUUAUUUUGUUUGUCGAA